AUGGCAAAAUUUACUCGUACUACGAACGUGCGUGCAGUGCAGCCCACCUGCGACGGCUGGGAUUUGUCGAACCACUGGCCAUCUCGCUUGGGUCCCGUCCCUGCAAUUUUGCCAUCAAUGCUGGCCGGCGCGUUGCGGUGCUGCAUGGACCUCCUGCCUCCUGAGCUCCGCCGCCGCGAACUUCGUUUCUGGCUGCGGGGGUCCCCUACGGGCAAUGACUGCAGCAUGCUAGAUGAACAGCCAAGUUCCUCAACCUCCUCAAACCCCCCGGAUUGCGGAAGGAAAAGCUGCUGCUGCUACAACGGGCGCGUUGAGGCAACGCUGGCGCUUCCCGUGCGUGGUAGCGCGCUCAACAGUGAGUGUCUCAACGUGGUUGACGUCAUGAUGAAUCUCCGAUCAUGUACAUCUGCGAUCCGCACGGCCAACGUGACGGCCGCGAUGUAG